AUGGUUUCAUUCAGCUUGGAUCCAUAUACGAUCCUAAUAACAUCAUUCACACUACUCAUAUUACAGAAAUUAAUCACUCUUGUCGGAAAAGCCACCAUACAAUCGAUCGUAUGGAACAUUUACACAUCAUCACCAUUACUAGCUCAAUCGCAAUCCAUCAAAGAAUACGCUGCCAAACAACAUGAAAUAAGAACAUUGACGCAUGAACAAAGAUCAAUUAGUGCUCAGGACGAAUAUGCCAAAUGGACGAAAUUGAAUCGUAAAUUGGAUAAAUUGAAAUUGGAAUUACAAGGAUUAAAUGAAUCCAUCAGUGCUGAAAAAGCAAAGGUCAAUUCAUUGACUAAUUCAUUGAUUUGGAUAAGUACAGUAUUACCUAUUUGGAUAAUGAGGUUUUUGUUCAGAAAGACUAAUUUGUUCUAUAUCCGUGUGGGAAUAUUGCCAUAUUAUAUUGAAUGGUGGUUGGCUUUACCUUUUUUCAAAACCGGUACGAUUGGAUUAACUUGUUGGAUGUUUGCUGUUAAUUAUGUAUUGAGUGAUUUGGUGUUUCUGUUUAGUUUCCCAUUUCAAACUAAAGUUGCCAAACCAGAAAAGCCAGUAGCAGCAGAACAAGAGAAGCCAAAGGUUGAAACUAUUGACAAGUAA